AUGGCCAAACCAAUCGUCAUGGAGUUGGCAGCUGUCCUUUGCGCGGCCUUGGUCAGUUGCGUGAUAGGCGAAAACGGCGACUGCGACUGCAUGACGGAGUGGAACUACGAUGGCGAUGCCGACGGGGUUAUGGAGUCGUACGAGGGCUGCAGCGCCACGGCCGACUGGAACCAGAGUUGGUGCUACGUGCAGGGCGGCUCCAAUUGCAACCAGGCCCUGAACUCCACCGUGGCCGGCGAGACGCGGAAGUGGCGCGAGUGCGGCUCUUGCAACUGCAUGACGGAGUGGAACUACGAUGGCGAUGCCGACGGGGUUAUGGAGUCGUACGAGGGCUGCAGCGCCACGGCGGACUGGAACCAGAGUUGGUGCUACGUGCAGGGCGGCUCCAAUUGCAACCAGGCCCUGAACUCCACCGUGGCCGGCGAGACGCGGAAGUGGCGCGAGUGCGGCUCUUGCAACUGCAUGACGGAGUGGAACUACGAUGGCGAUGCCGACGGGGUCAUGGAGUCGUACGAGGGCUGCAGCGCCACGGCCGAUUGGGACCAGAGUUGGUGCUACGUGCAGGGCGGCUCCAAUUGCAACCAGGCCCUGAACUCCACCGUGGCCGGCGAGACGCGGAAGUGGCGCGAGGCUCUUGCAACUGCAUGA